AUGCCCGCUACAAAUGAAGAGUUGAUUGUUUACACAGAUAGUCGAAAUGGAUUAGGAAUACGGAUAAUUGGUGCUAAGAAACCAACUAAACACUCUGGAAUAUUUAUUAAACAACUGCUCGAAGAUGGUUUGGCUCAGAAAGAUGGAAGAUUAAAAGUUAGUGAUCAGAUUAUUUCUAUAAAUGACGAGUCUGCUACUGGUAUCACUCGUGAACGUGCUGCUCAUUUAUUACGUUCAGCUGCCGCUUCAAAUCAAGUUCGUCUAUUAAUUCGUCAUGGAAAUCAAUCAGAAUAUCAAAAAUUACUUUAUGAUGAAAAAUCGACGGACGAUGAAAACUACCAUCAGCAACAGCGUCACCGUCGUCAUCAUCAUCAUCAUCAUCACAACAACAGAAAUAUUCAAUACAAUAAUAACAGAGAACAACAACCAAAACCACAGCGACGAACUCGUCAUCGUGCGAGUAAACAUCAUGUCGCAGAUGAAGAUCAAGAUUCAGAUAUAGAACAAAUUGAUUUAUCAAAAUAUGCAUUAAAUUCAUUGUUAAACUCCAGAUUUAAAUUACAGGAUCUACUAGAUUUACUUAAGAAAUCAUAUGAUAUUGAUCGUAAUCAAGAGAACGAAUUAUCAUCGCAUUUUACAUCGUUAUCAUUAUCGGAGGGUCGAAUCUCAUUACGUGAAUUUGAACAUCAAGCAAGUUUAAUCUUAAACGAAGAUAUUAACCUCUUACUUCCGUUUUAUUCUACCUCAAAUGACUCUACUUCUUCACCUCUUAUUCAAGAUUUUCGUUUUCAAAUAUCAGAAUGUCACCAAACAAUUAAAGAAUUACAACAGAAGGUACUCACUUGUGAAAAAACACAACGUUUAUCACAAGAAAUCGAACUUGAAUACGAAGAUUUAUUAAAAUAUCUUUAUGAUCAAAUAAAACAAUAUAAAUUAUCAGAAAUGAAAUAUGAUAGGAAAUUACAGUCACAAGAUGCAUUUAUACAAAAAUUAUUUUCUUAUAUACCCCAAGGCUCACAAGAUUUACAGCAGUUAAAAUAUGAAUAUCAACAGAUUAAAUUGCAAGGAUCACCUACAAAAUCAUCAUCGUCAACAACGACUGCAACAAUAAUGACUACUUCGCCAACAUUGCAUAAACAAAGAUAUUCACAAUAUUAUACAGGAGGAGAAAUAGAAAAAAUAUGA